AUGAUGACGCCUCUCCGCAUGGUACCAUCACGCGUUGGCCGCUGUCUUAGAGUUUCGACUCCGACAAGCAAGCCAGUUCCUGCUUUUGCAUCGGGAAAGAUGAGGCAAAAGGAUAUUCAGGGAAUAGCUGCAAAGGACACCGAUAAUGGCAAGUCCACCAGACAACACCUGGAAGCCAAUGCUCUAUCACGAAUUGAAAUCUCGAAAACCAAGUACAUGAUCCCCAUACCCACAAGCAGUUUAGCUCGAUCGUUGAAUCUCAGCCGUGUUCUCUCUCGGAGGAUGCCGAUGACACCUUACCCAGGCCGCUCUCCCAGGACGUCCCAGUUCGUAUGGCAUGAUGACCUUUCAUCCAUGGACCAUUUGGCAAAGGCAAGUUCCGAAUUCCGAGUUAGCAGGUGUUUGCUCACGCCCUUGUUCUGCUUGAAGACUGAAGCGAAUGGUUUCCAGCCACAGGAAUGGGGUAUUCCCACCGGUGUACGCCGGUCGAGGAUGAUGGUGGGCCACGUAAUGCAAUCUAAUCCAAUGGCUGAAAGAGGAUCGAGGGCCGACCACUCGGGGCCGCCUCCGCAUCCUGGAAGUCACGGCUGGGCUCCGGGGUGGGGGCAUGCCAACCCCGGCCUGAUGCCCCAAAUAUAG